AUGGUUCCCAAAAAAAUAUUCUCUUUACUUCAGUUUUUUACUCUUUUAUCUCUCUUUACAGUUACUUUUGCUUCCACUGAGGAAACAACUUCCCUCCUGAAAUGGAAAUCAACUUUCAAGAACCAAAAUAACUCCUUAUUGGCUUCAUGGAGACCAAGUUCUAACGCAUGCAGGGACUGGUACGGAGUUAUAUGCUUUAACGGUAGGAUAAACAGGUUGAAAAUUACAAAUUCUAGUAUCAUUGGUACCCUCUAUGCUUUUCCGUUUUCAUCUCUCCCUUUUCUUGAAUAUUUUGAACUUAGCAUGAACAAUUUCUCUGGAAUCAUCCCCCCUGAGCUUGGUAAUCUCACUAAUCUUGUCUAUCUUGACUUGUCCAUCAAUCAGAUUUCAGGCACAAUCCCACCACAAAUCGGCUCACUAUCCAAGCUUGAGACCCUCCACAUCUUUGUUAACCAUUUAAAUGGUUCCAUUCCUAAAGAAAUAGGUUACCUAAGGUCUCUUACUGAACUAGAUUUGAGUUCUAACUCUCUUAAUGGUUCUAUUCCUACUUCAUUGGGGAAUUUGAGCAGGUUGACAUAUUUGCAUCUUUAUGAGAACCAGCUUUCUGGCUCUAUUCCGGAAGAAAUAGGAAAACUUGUCAAUCUUGUUCAGGUUUUUCUUGAUUCAAACCAAUUAACAGGUCAUAUUCCAGCAGAAAUAGGAAAACUUGUCAAUCUUGUUAAAGUUUAUCUUGAUGAAAAUCAAUUAACAGGUCAUUUUCCGGCAGAAAUAGGGAAGAUGAAGUCACUUCAGGAAUUAAGCUUAUCACGUAACAAUCUUUCUGAUCUAAUUCCAAAAACUAUAUGUGACUUAACAGAGCUCGAACUUCUGUACCUUUAUCGUAAUCAACUCUUUGGCCCAAUUCCUAGUGAGCUGGGGAAUCUGAAAAACCUCACUGAUCUGGAAUUAUCCAAUAAUCACCUCAGUGGUUCAAUUCCUAGUGAGUUGGGGAAUCUGAAAAAUCUCAAUGAUCUGCGAUUAUCCAAUAAUCAACUCUUUGGCCCAAUUCCUAUUGAGUUAGGAAACCUGAAAAACCUCAAUUAUCUGUUAUUAUCCAAUAAUCAACUCAGUGGUUCAAUUCCAUCAUCCUUUGGUAAUUUGAGAAACUUGCAAGUUCUGUCUCUCAAUGACAACAAUCUGAUUGAGGAAAUUCCUUCAUCUAUUUGCAAUUUGGCAUCACUGGCAACCCUGUAUUUGUCAAGAAACAACUUGAAAGGAAAUAUUCUGAAAUGCUUGGGUAAUAUCAGUGCCCUCCAGUAUGUGAUGAUGUCACAUAAUAAUCUCAGUGGAGAGCUCCAUCCGUCUAUUUGCAAUUUAACAUCCCUACAAAUUCUAGAUUUGGGUAGAAACAAUCUAAAGGGAGCAAUUCCGCAAUGUUUUGGCAACAUGAGUCGUCAUCUUGAGGUUCUGGAUAUGCAACACAACAAUCUUUCUGGGACUCUUCCAACGACUUUUAGAGCUGGAACACUUAGAAGCUUCAACUUGCAUGGCAAUAAACUAAAGGGAAAAAUUCCCAAAUCUUUGGCCAAUUGCAAAGAGAUGCAAGUUCUUGAUUUAGGAGAUAAUCAUCUCAACGACACAUUCCCGAUGUGGUUGGGAACUUCUUAA